AUGAAUUCAACAACACAAAGACAAACCACGAUUCUACCAGAAAAUAAUACUAUUGUCCUCUUUCAAACAUUACCCAAAGGGUCUUUUUGUCAAUCCUAUACGGUGAACGUUGGUGGUACAACUUUUCAGUUCUCAGAGUUCAGGUACAUUAAAGAUGAUUAUAGUUCGCGUAUUAUCUACUUAAAAAAUCUUACUAACUGGUUCAUUAUUAUUAAUCUGAAAAGUCUUAAGAGAGAUUCUCCAAAUUUAUUUACUGAAUAUUUCUUUGGAGAAAAUGAAUCAAGAAAAGGUGCAUCCUUUACCAUGUGUAUAGAUCGAGAUCCUCAGAUCUUUACAAUCAUUGCAAGGUAUCUUAGAGGUUAUACUAUCUUUCCAUUAUCUCCGACAAAUCUUCCAUGUGGAAUGUCCUUUGAAUUGUUUCGUCAGAAUCUUAUGGCCGAUAUUCACUUUUACAAACUUCCCGCUUUAAAGAAACAAACUUUACCUAUUUGCACUUUCUUUAAAAGUCCUUUUAAUGAAGAUUGGCGAUUAGAUAUUACUUUAAGUUUGGUAAAACCGAAAGAUCUGACUAUCGACAAAGAAAUAGUUCUAUCAAUACACAGAGAUGGUUACUCAAUUGUCCAAUUUCACGCGACUGAUGUUCUUUGGGAUUUGGUUUCACCACAACAAUCAUUUUUUCAAUUUACACAACAAGCUGACAUAUUCACAUUACGUCAAAUUUCUAAAACAUUUCGACCUAUGUUUGAAGAUAAUGUCUUGUACUAUGGAUGUGAAAACGGGCCAUCUUUAUAUAAUAUUGAUGAUGUUGAUAUGCCAGGAAAGGAUGUAUAUCAUAAUAUCUUUGAUAAAAGUAGAGAAUUAGUUAAACCAAUUGUGGGAAAAUCUGUUCGCGUUUACUUGUCAAGAGCUAUUUUUUCUUUAAGAAUUCCUGAUGUUCCAGUAUGUGGUGUAAUUACCAUCAUACCUAUGUGGGGUUGUGGGAAUACUCAACUUUAUCAUUUAUCGCGAAAUGGUGGAUUAUCUUUUAAUUAA